AUGGCAGCCAACCAUCCCUACGAUCCCACCUUCACAGACCGCGUGGUCGGCGCCAUGGGCCCCAAGACCAGCCCUCGACUGCGCCAGCUCAUGACCGGCCUGAUCCGCCAUGUCCACGACUUUGCGCGCGAAAACGAGCUGACCGUGGACGAGUGGAUGGCCGGCGUGCAGAUGAUCAACUGGGCGGGCAAGAUGAGCGACGACAAGCGGAAUGAGGGGCAGCUACUGUGCGAUGUGAUUGGGUUGGAGUCGCUGGUAGACGAGAUCACAUACAAGGUGGUCUCCGACUCGGACGCACCCACUGCAACAGCCAUCCUAGGUCCGUUCUUUCGAGCUGAUACCCUGGCUCGAAAGAACGGUGAUAGUCUGGUCACUGGAGUCGACGACGGGGAAAUGACUUUUAUGCACGGCCAGGUGGUCGACUUUAUCACCAAGAAGCCCAUCGUUGGCGCAACAGUCGAAGUAUGGCAGGCCUCUACCAAUGGCCUUUACGAACAGCAAGACCCUAAUCAGGUGGAACACAACUUGCGUGGCAAGUUUACGACGGACGAGAAUGGCCGCUAUUGGUUUUACUGCAUUCGACCGACACCGUAUCCGGUGCCUGGUGACGGUCCUGCCGGCAAGCUGCUAGAGAUGAUGGACCGACAUCCGUUCCGCCCUGCACACAUUCACAUCUUGGCAACGCAUGACCAAUACAAACCUCUUGUGACGCAAAUUUUUGACCGAAACGACCAGUACUUGACCAUCGAUUCCGUGUUCGCCGUAAAGGAUUCCUUGGUUGUCGACUUUGUGCCUCGGAAAGAUGAUCCCAAAGCGAGUCUGGAGCUAAAUUACGAUGUCAAGCUGGUUCCUGCGGAGCCAAGUAGCUGA